AUGCUCGUCAACACUGUUGUGCCGGAGCCCUAUCUGGACGAAGUCUUCCACAUCCCGCAAGCACAAGCCUACUGCAGCAACCGCUUCGCCGUCUGGGACCCGAAACUCACCACCCCCGCCGGCCUCUACCUGCUCUCCUACCCGCUCGCCUUCAUCUCCACGUGCACGCCCGCCGCGCUGCGGUUGCUCAACGCCGUCGGUGUGGCUCUCGUGCUGCCGCUCGUCACGUACCAGAUCCUGCGUCUCGUGCACCCGGGCUUGCCGCGCGCCGCGGCCGCACACAGCGCUGUCAACGUGGCGCUGUUCCCGCUGCUGUUCUUCUUUGCCGGAUUGUACUACACGGACGUGUAUUCGACGGUGUUUGUGCUGCUAAGCUACUUGUGCUGGCUGCAGCGCCGGACGUGGGCGAGUGCGGGGGCGGGAUGGGUGGCGCUGUGGUUCAGGCAGACGAAUGUGUUGUGGGCUGUGUUUCUGGUUGUGCUGGAGGGCGUGAGGGCGCUUGAGGUUGCGCAGGGGGAGGAGAAGGCGGAGGAGCCUGCUGCUGCUGCGGCGGCGGCGGUCGAGGCGGUGGCGGAGGGGAAGGAGGUGACGCCGGCGGUGACACCGAUUGCGUCGCCGGGGGGGAGGAGGAAGAAGAGGAAGGGACGGCCGGCCGUGGCAUCCCCGCAGGCACCGACGCCGCCGGCGCUGAGUAGGGUGAAUUCACGGCUUGCGGAGGAGGAGCCGCUGCAGCCGCUGGUGGUGCUGCCGCAGGAGGAGGUCCAGGAUGGGCCGUGGACUAUCAAUGUGCAGUCCACCCCCGCGCGCACCAGCGAGCUGUCCCAAGCGUGGUCCCGCGUCCUCGACAUGGCGUCCAAGAUCCGCGUCUGGAACCCUCCGUUCACGGCCUCCGUCACUGCGCAGGACUUCUUCUUCUCAACCCCCGUGUCCAUCCUCCUCGCGGCGCUGCAGCACUGGACCGCCCUGCUCGUCGCGAUCCUACCGUACCUGUGUGUGCUCUCGUCCUUCGCCAUCUUCAUCCUCUGGAACAACCUCUCCAUCGUCCUCGGCGACAAAUCCGCGCACCAGCCCACCCUCCACAUCCCACAGCUCUUCUACUUCGCAACCUUCACGCUCCUCACCUCCUGGCCACUCCUGCUCUCAAAAUCCUUCAUCGCAGAGUGCUGGGCCGAUAACGUCGGCAUCUACAUCACGCUCCCACGCCGCUCCGCACGCGGCAAACGCGCGCGCAAGCUCCCGCCUGGCUUCGCCCCCGCCGCGGCCACAAAGCCCGUGUCAGUGGCCUGGCUGACACUGCUCCGCACCACAUGUUUCUUAGCGGCGAUUGUGUUUACUGUUCAUUACAACACGUACCUGCACCCGUACCUGCUUGCGGACAACCGGCACUUUGUGUUUUACGUAUUCCGGCGGAGCAUCCUGCGCCACCCGCUCGUGCGGUAUGCGUUGGCGCCGGUGUAUCUGGUCGCUGCAUGGAGCGUGCUCGCGGGUCUGCGGCGCGGGGGCGUGGUGAGUGUGGUGUGGAUGUGGGGGUGGACAGCGGCGGUCGUGGGGACGCUGGUGGGCGCGGGGCUGGUGGAGCCGCGGUAUUUUGUUGUGGGGUGGGUGUUGUGGAGGGUGCAUGUUUGUGGUGGCGGGGAGGGGGAGGGGGUGGAAAAGUGGAGGAGGUGGGCAGAGACUGUGGGCUUUGUGCUCGUGAAUGCGGGAGUGUUGUGGGUGUUUUUGAGGUGGGGAUUCGCGUGGGAGGGUGAAGCGGGGGUGCAGAGGUUUAUGUGGUAG